AAGCAGCCGUAUGGAAUGCCUCUUUCUGAACCGGUUUUGUAGACGAUGAGCUAGCAACCAUGACAACUUCUAUACAACAGUCGGAAAGCGUACAGCCUAUGGAUAUCCCCGACGGAGGAGGGACCCGCCCUCCUGGUGGGAGUUCCCUUCGGAUGGAUCGUACGGUGAAUCCCCCUACGUCAGUUGAGAAUUAUAGCCGCGUUAUGCUAGAGUAUACGCAAAACCGGAUGGCGUCCUUCGCCGACUUGGAUGCCGACAAGGGUUCCCCCGUCAGUUGCAGCAGUAGAAGCAGUGCAGGUAGCGGCGAGAGCGGUGACUUGUCUAGUGGCAUGUAUCGUCGAGGCCCUGCACCUACCUCUGCAGGUGUCUCCCACCAUGACUUCGGUGAGAGAGGUGGUCGCAAGUCUACUAGGCACGGUGGAAAACCCCCAUCUUUCUAAACUGGCCAGCGUUCGCGCCUCAAGGGGGGGCGGUUGAACGUGGUACUGGUAUCUCGUUACCUUGACAAAAAGGCACUGCGUGUCUUGCUGACGAGUUGACGAUAUGGUAUACAAGAUUCUGGUGAUGUGGAGGAGACCGUUUGGUGUCCUCAGGCGUUUUAUUAUAGCGAGAGAAGUUCUGCUUCAGCAGAUGCAUUGAGAGCAAUCCCGUGGUCAAGCCGAGAUUGGUGCCUGUCCUUCAUUUAUUUUAGCCCAUUCGAUAUAUAUGCUCCUUUUAGAGCUUUCUCCAUCAACUGAUACCUGCAAGGCAUCAAUCGGCUCUAAAAUGGACAUGACAAGUUCCCUGUUUAGUGCUAUUGGUUUUGAUGUGCUGGCACACUGUCCACCCAGAAACAAUGGAAACCCACUUUAGUUUGGU